GGAGGGAGGAGAAAGGGAGGAGAAGAUGUGACGCAGCGCCAGCCAGCAGCUGCCGCCUCACUUCCACUAUCCGCCGCCCGGAGGUCUCACGGCGGCUCGUAAAGCCUCCACAAACGCCAGGAUAUUCGGCUACAGAGUAAACCGGGGCUGCUGGGCGCGAUGAGGUGGACGGUCAAAGGACAGCUGCCGUCCUGGGCCUCGGGUCCGCGCUGAAAGCCGCAGCUGUAACCGCGGAGGUGUGCUUUCAUUGUGUGCUGAGUGGCGCAAGAGAAGAGGAUGCCUCCACGGCCAAAGGCACUCCUCCCAUUCCCGUCGAAACGCUCGGUUAUUGCCCGACACAGAGUGUCUCUGUCCCCCCUGACGGCGGGGUCGUUGUCCAGGAGCGCGCUGAUUUCUGAGGAACCAUGUCCACCAUGCUGCCCGCUCUGGAUCCAUGAGAACUUUCAAUGAAAACAACAAAACGGAGGAGGAGGAGGAGGAGGAGGGCUCCGGCUUCAACGCCAUGGAGGAGAAGGAGGAUAACCUGAAAACGGCCAGGUUGUGGAGGGAUGCCGCCCUCCGCUCCAGGAAACUGCGGAACAACCUUCCUCAGCUCACCCUUUGCCCGAAAAACAACGAGAUUGUUCUCCCUGAGAACAUCGAGGAGAUAGAUGCUCUGAACCUGGGCAACAACUCCCUGCAGGAGCUGCCAGAAGGACUGAGAGCCACCCUCAACAACCUGCGCACCCUUGUUCUUCGCAGGAAUAAGUUCACCAGUGUGCCCCAGUUGGUGUUUGCGCUGGGACAACUGGUGGAGCUGGACAUGAGCCACAACUGCUUGAGAAGCCUGUCUGACGAUGUGGGCCAGCUGAGGAGACUGAAGAAAUUGUGCUUCAGUCACAACAAAAUCCAGAACCUGCCAGCCCAGUUUGGAGCCCUUCAGUUCCUGGAGGAGCUGGACAUCAGCUUUAACGACCUGCACGACCUCCCCAGGUCGUUCUCCAGCCUCAGCAUGCUGCGGACUCUGGAUGCAGAUCACAACAAGUUGAACCUGUUUCCUGCUGAGAUUCUGGCUCUGGGUGAGCUGGAGGAGCUCGACCUGUCCGGGAACAAGUUUGAGGCUCUUCCCGUGGACAUCGUCAGGCUGAAGUCCACCAAGAUCCUUUGGCUCAGUAGCCUUCACAUGUCCUCCCUACCUGACACUUUAUGUCUCCUGCAAAACUUGGAGAGUCUGAUGUUGGAUGGAAACAACCUCACAGCACUGCCUUCCUCUUUCGCUCAACUACAGAAACUCAAAAUGAUUAAUCUGUCUUCUAAUGAGUUUGAGAACUUUCCACAGGCUAUUUUAAGCAUCACUGGGUUGGAGGAACUUUACCUCAGCAGGAAUAAACUCACUCACAUUCCAGAGGAAAUUGGCCAGCUGGUGAACCUGGUAAACCUCUGGUUGGACAAUAACAACAUCUCUCACCUACCCGAUUCUGUUGUUGACCUGGAGAAGUUGGAGGAGCUUGUUUUACAGGGUAACCAAAUAGCCAUCCUUCCAGAUAAUUUUGGGAAACUGUCCAGAGUGAACAUUUGGAAGGUAAAAGACAACCCCCUCAUCCAGCCUCCGUAUGAGGUGUGCAUGAAGGGAAUCCCGUACAUUGCAGUUUACCAGAAAGAGCUCGUGCAAUCACAAGUUGCUGUGAAGCCACGUCUGAAAAUGGUGCUGAUGGGGAAAAAGAAUGCUGGAAAAACUCUCUUGAGGCGAAGUUUGGUGAGCAGCGAGCAGGAUGCCAGAGGAACCCAGGGAAACAAAGGGAUUGAAGUCACUAACUGGGUGGCAGACCCUGAUCGCCGUCUCACAUUCCUGUUGUAUGACUUGUCAGGGAAUCAAAACUAUGACCUCAUCAAACCAUUUUUUCUCUCCCCUGGUGCUCUCUACGUUCUUGUUGUGAAUCUCAAAGAAUACUCAUCCAAGAGCUUCUAUGAGCACGUUGGCUAUUUCCUUCACUUGCUGUGUGCCAAAGUCCCCCAUGCUGUGGUGUGUGUGGUGGGCACUCAUGCAGACCUGUGUGAGGACAUGGAACUAGAGGAGAAGACUCUGGACAUUCACAGACAGAUUGGUCUUCAGGAGAAGGGCGACCUCCAGAGCCUAAGAAACCUGGCGCACCAAGUAGACCAAGCUCUGGAGCAAGGCUACGAUGCCCGCUCCUCGAGUCCACAUGUACUUUUCUACGGUGUCACUGACAGGAACCUUCGGAGCAGGAAAGCUCAGCUGCAAUACAUACUGAAGCACCGGCUGCAGAUCUUGUCCCCUGUCCUGAGUGUCAGCUGCUUGGAGACCCAGAGGAACAUUCAGAGGCUGAAGGAGAAGCUCAUGUCAAUUGCAGACCAACAGGAGAUCUUUCCCAACCUCCAUCGCGUGCUGCCAAAGUCUUGGCAGACGCUAGAGGAAUUGCACUUUAAGUCCAAAGAUUUGUGGCUCUCAUGGUGGAGCUCAGCCCGCCUGGGCCUUCAAGCAGGACUCACGGAGGACCGACUGCAGAGUGCUCUGUCCUACCUGCACGAGAGUGGGAGGCUGCUGUACUUUGAGGAAAAUCGAACCCUAAAGGAGUAUGUUUUCCACAAUCUUCCACAUUUUAUUGCAAUUCUCAACGUCUUCUUCCAGAGGGACGAGUCCACGCUUUUGGAUCGACUUCUGUCUGAGGGGGAGAGGGGAGACAAGGGGAGAGUAAGUCUGGUUGUAGAAGAUGAGAAAGGAGAGAAUCUCAGGGUCACUCAUCUUCAGCACCAUGUGGAGGACUUCCUCCAGCAUGGACUCCUGCCCUCAAAUAUCAUCCGCCUUCUCCUUAGACCACUCAUCCAGACACAACAGGAUCUCCAUGUCAUUAUGGAGCUCCUGGAAAAGAUGGGGAUCUGCUACUGCAUCAAAAAACCCAGCACCAAGCCUGUGAACGGAGCCCCGACAUGGUACAAGUUCCCCAGCUACGUCAGCAGUGAUGAGGCCUGGGUGGAGGACUCGGCUGGUGGGAACGUGCUGCCUGUUAAUCCCCUGUUUUCGGUGGAGCAGCUGCACAUCCAGUACAGCUUCCCGUUCCUGUUUCCUCCUGGACUAUUCACACGCUUCAGUGUGCAGAUAAAUAGCCACGUUGUCCAGCGAUCAGACAGCAGGCAUCAGAUUUUUGCCUAUCGGGGCAAAGUUCCCGUGGUGAUCAGCCACCACCCCUCUGAAGGGAAGCUGCUGCCAGCGACGCUGUCCAUCGCCAGCCACGCCUCACUGCCCAACAUCUGGACCGCCUGGCAGGCUGUCACCCCGCUGGUGGAGGAGCUGAACGUGCUGUUGCAGGAGUGGCCUGGCCUGCACUACUCUGUACAUAUUCUCUGUUCCAAGUGCCUCAAGAGAGGGUCGUCCCACCCACACGCCUUCCCAGGUGAGCUGCUGAGCCAGCCGCGACCGGACGGUCUGACUGAGAUCAUCUGUCCAAAGAACGGCUCCGAGCGGAUUGAUGUGGCCCUGGUUUACCCCCCCACUCCCACUGCAACCAGCCCAAAGUGAUACCUGACCCACACCCCCUCACCCCAGUAUACACACACCACCCAAUCUCUCCUGCAGUGUCUUCAGUGACUGUCUCCUUCUGCCUCCGUCCUCUGCUCAACAACAUCAGCUUCUCUCCGUCAGCUGUUCUUCUCAUCACCACCUCAUGUUGUUGGCGUCUGAUUAUGUCCCUUCUGAGUGAGCACAUCAUUGUGGAGAAACAAAACAGAACCAUCUAAACGAAGAAAAGACACAUCUUCACCAAGAUGGAGCGUCUUUUCCAUGUUGACCUACAUAACGAGACAUUUCCCUCCCAACAGUCAGAUCCAAACCGAGUGAGGACAGAGCAACAGAAGCACACGUGACUGGCAGCUGGUAUUAGGACCAUCCAUGUUCGUGUGACAUUGUCCUGGCUCCAUAACGUUGAAGUUUCCGUCCACAUGUUUAGAUGUUAACUCUGGUUUUCUUCAUGGUAAAACUUCAGUUACCUACUGGUGCUACGUUGGGAUUCAUCAACCUCAGACUGGGAGAAAACUCUCUAAAAUGUGGAUAGUUGUUGUUUCCUCCUAUAGAUCUGAUUCAUCCUUCUGCCUUUGGGACAGACCUGAUCACAUCUGCGUAUGACUGAACCUGUAAUACACUUCAUGAAAUGUCAUUAAAGGUUUAACAAAUUAAAGUUAAAGGUCAUACUUUGUGUUUUCUCUUAGGCUCAUUCUGCCUCUCAUUUGGGCCAUUAGAAAUUAUGUGAAAAAAUUCCAAAAAUGAUCAAACUUGAGGGGAAAAAUGGCUCCUAUAGCAACUCAAACAAUGUCAGUGUGAACCCUGUAGAUGAUGGUGUGUUCUGCCCAGUUCCAGACUGACUGGAUCCACAUUCUGUAGUUUUUCUUGGUGAUAAACAAUCCUAAUCUUACUGCACCUGUUGGGCUGCACUAGAUGAAACGGCAUUCUUUAAUUUAACGGGAGACCUUAAAUGCCAAGUGCUUUGAUCCACAGACGGUUACCGCCGCCGCUGACAGAACGGUGGAUCAGGUUCUGACCUCAGGACCAUCAGGUGUUCCAACCAGAGAUGAUUUCAGCAGGAAUAAACUGAAAUUUGCAGGUGGACUUGUUUGUGGAUGUAAAUAAUAUCUUUAUUUUUCUAUGAGGAUGUUUCAGCGGUGACAUAUUUACAGAGCAAUGUGCAUGUCUGACUGGGCGGGUGCACUCUGGGUUUUAUAUGUAGCUGCUUUCAACAUGAAUGCCAAAUAAACACAUAACUGGCUUUAACAGUU